AUGUCUUUCUUCCUUUCUGGAAGAGCAUAAUUUCACACUUUUCUCCUUUCCUCCCCUCCAUUUAUGGUCUUUAUUAAUAGGUUCUCUGUCAUCCUCUACUACACUCUCAAGUGCAUGGGGUAAUUUCCCCACCUCAACCCACUCCCUCAACCGAAUUUGCCUCAGAUAUAGUUUCAGGAAGUUACAAGUCUGGCCUCAGUUAAUGCUGCAAUAGAAACCCUUGUUCCCACCUAAUCUUCCUGCCCAUUGCACAGUUCUUUGAAUUCAUGUUACAGAAAAGGAAAAAAUAUAGUUCUUAGGUUUAAGCUUCUUUUGUUCCAUAGGCAAAAAUGUUAUUGAUACCACAUGUAAAAAUAUGGCAACUGGACUUUUAGAAAAAGGGUGGAUAAAGAAGGAGGAAAGGGGACAAGGAAUGGGAGUGAGGAAAGGAGGGAGGGAAAGAAGGAAAGAGAGACAGAGAGAGCGGUGAGGGAAGGAGAGAAAGGAGGGGGAAGAAAGAGUGAAGGGGGGGGGGGGAGAGAGAGAAACAGAGACAGAGAACUUACAAAGAGAGAGGAUGAGUUAGCAAAAUGUCAUGUACUAAAUUGCAAACUAGCCCAAAGGUGAAUGUGAUUAGGGAACAGAAGUACAGCAGGAGCAAAGGGCAACUAACAGCAUAGAAGAGAGAAGUUCUGAAAGACACACACGUACAGAGUGGAUCUUGGAGAAUGGCCACAUUCCUGAUUGCAACUUUUACCAUAUUAGUUUCUGGUGUUUAUGGCACUGUCUUCCCCAGAGAGCAGACUUGGUUUCAAGGGGUCUUCUUGUCCUCGAUGUGUCCCCUCAACAUUAGCAUGAACACCAUGUAUGGUAUCAUGUUUGAUGCAGGGAGCACUGGAACUCGAAUUCAUGUUUACACCUUUGUGCAGAAGAUGCCAGAACAUCCUCCAACAUUGGAAGGGGAAAUCUUUGAUUCAGUGAAGCCAGGUCUUUCUGCCUUUGCAGAUCAACCAAAGCAGGGUGCUGAGACUGUUCGAAGACUUUUGGAAGUAGCCAAAGAAUCAGUCCCCCCGAGUCACUGGAGAAGGACCCCAGUGGUAUUAAAAGCUACCGCAGGACUUAGGCUCUUGCCAGAUCACAAAGCCCAGGCUCUUCUUUUGGAAGUAAGAGAAAUCUUCAAAAAAUCACCUUUCCUGGUCCCAGAAGACAGUGUUAGCAUCAUGGAUGGAUCCUAUGAAGGAAUAUUAGCCUGGGUUACUGUGAAUUUUCUAACAGGUCAACUGCAUGGUCAAAACCCAAAGACUGUUGGAACUCUGGACUUGGGAGGGGCUUCCACCCAAAUCACAUUCCUGCCCCAGUUUAAGAAAACCCUGGAACAAACCCCCAGUGACUAUCUCACGUCCUUUGAGAUGUUCAACAGCACGUAUGAGCUCUACACACAUAGUUACUUAGGAUUUGGACUAAAAGCUGCUAGACUUGCAACCCUGGGAGCCCUGGAUACAGAAGUUGUUGACGGACAGACAUUCCGAAGUUCCUGUCUACCCAAGUGGUUGGAGGCAGAAUGGGAUUUUGGGGGAGUGAAAUAUCAAUAUGGUGGCAGACAGGAAGGGGAGACAGGGUUUGAGGCCUGCUAUUCUGAAGUACUCCGAGUGGUUCGAGGAAAACUUCACCAGCCAGAUGAGAUCCGCAAGAGCUCCUUCUAUGCCUUUUCUUAUUACUAUGAUAGAGCUGUUGACACGGACAUGAUUGAUUAUGAAAAGGGAGGCAUUUUAAAAGUGCAAGACUUUGAAAAAAAAGCCAGGGAAGUGUGUGAUAACUUGGAAAAUUUCACUUCGGGCAGUCCAUUCCUGUGUAUGGAUCUCAGUUACAUAACAGCCUUAUUAAAAGAUGGCUUUGGGUUCAUGGACAGCACUAUAUUACAGCUCACAAAGAAAGUGAAUAACAUAGAGACUGGCUGGGCCCUGGGUGCUACCUUUCAUCUACUACAAUCUCUAGACCUUUCCCACUGAGACCCAAGUACUUCCUACAGGAACUACACUUGCCAGUGACCUUUCCAGAAGGAGGAGUGACAGCCCAUUCACAUUGCUGAAUGAGUCUAGAAUACGAUGGACCAAAGCCAAGCAGCUAGCUCUUUGGGGAGCUAGAGAAAUUAAUAGAUAGGAUUUGACCUAGAUCCUUAUGAUUUCUGUUUAAUUAAUUAUACACAUUUAAUGUGAGCUGUCACCUGACCUCUCUGAAUGUUUGGAGCCAUUACCAGAGUCUUGAGCAUUUGAGCCUCUUUAUGUGUUGUGAAAAGCACAUCAGCCAAAAAGGGUAGGUUAGGAAUUUUACCCUUGGGUUAGGUUCCCAGAAACAAACCCUGAAAGUCAACUACAUCCCCAGCAGUCUUCAGAAUUAAAUUCUGGACAACCACGUGGGACCAAAGAAAACGAAAAGAAAAAUGAUUCAUUUAUAAUCUUAUAACAUGUUCAACAACAAUUUGUUUGGGGAGGGCCUUUUUUUUUUUUUUUUUGGUUUGUUUGUUUGUAAACUGGCUGGGAGGGGGGGGAAGGGGAAGCCCCUAACUUUUUUUUUUUAAUCUGCUUAUGAACAAAUGACUUUGAAUCUGAAAUCAUGUACGGUCCUGCCCAUUAUAACUCUGUUAACAGCCUCUAUCCAAGCAGAGUGCCUUGUGUCAGCCAUUUUAAAUCUUAGUGAGAAUGGGGAAUUCCCUGUGAUAAAUGUUUCAUGAGCCAUCUCAUGAUUUUCUCCAAUAUGUGCAGUGCAAUAUUUAGAAACGCAGAAAUUGUAUUCCCCCUGGCUAUGCCUUUCACCUGAUUAUUCAUGGAUGUUGAUUGUUCAUUCCAAAGAAAAGCUUAGCAGUGCACCAAGGAUAGAUUGUUCUUUUGUUUCAUCACUUUUAAGCUGGGUACUUUCUAAUAGGUAUAGUUGGUCCACCCAACCGAAUAUUUUGUUGCCAAUAGCAGUUUUAAAGGACAUACUGUCACACAUUAUUGUCUUCCUUAAAGUUAAUCUUAAAGAUUAGGGAUGCUCCAGCUUCUCUUAGUGGAUAGGCUCUUAUGAUGCACAUAUUGGAGCAAGCCUUUUUAAAAAUCUGUAUUUUCUAUCUGUACCAGUGCGUGGAGUUGGUAAAAAAAUCUCUCCACUGUCUCAGCUCCAAAAUUCUAAGAUUCUAUAUGCUUGUUACCUAAACUUACCUCACAAUGUUUUAAGAGAGAGUAUUUCCAUGUAUGGUGAACAAGCUUGUAUAUUCACCUCACGUACAGCAUUUCGUAUUUUUAUAGAUUUUAAUCAUGUCUCCUCCCAAUUGUUUUAGUCUUUCAUAUGCCAGUUAUUUUGGUUGCCCCUCUCUAGUUCUUUUAUAUUUAAUCAGGUCUUUUUUUGAGGUGUGGCAGCCAGAACUGCCUCAAGUAUUACAAGGGUAAGCAGGCAAUAAUUUUAAUGGAAGGAUAAGACAAAAAAAAAAAAUCUCACUUUAAAAACUUUUCAGUACGUUUUUUGGUGAAUUUUUUGGUGAAGUUCAACAUUGUUUGCCUUUUUGACUACAGCAACACAUUAGGGUUAGCAUUCUCAGGGAGCACUCUUUAUGAGCUUCCAAGUCAUUACAACCCAUUUAUGGGGAGUAAAUUCAAAUGCUAAGAUCUCAAUUUUUCAGUUUGAAUUGUUUAUCCAAAAGUGCAUUACCUUAUGCUUGUCCACAUUAAAAAUCUUAUCAGCAACAUCUCUGUCCACUAAGGUCUUCAUCUAUAAUAGCUAACUUCUUAUAAUUUGCAAACUGCUUUCCAUAUAUUCUCAUUUCAUCUGUAGUUGCUUCCUAUCUAAAGAGCUUAUCUUCUGCAAACUUAGAGAUUACACUGUGUACUUCUGGAUCACUUAUAAAGAUGCUAAAACAAAUACUACCAGCAAUCCCUAAUUUCCCUUUUCUCCCCAUCCCCCUAAUUUCUCCAUUUAGAAAAUUUUCUCACACUGAUUCAAUUUUCAAAUCAGAAACUCACUCUUAAAUCCUAGAAUUACUCAUUUGUUUUAGUGGCUUUUGGCAGAUGACUCAAAUCCAUUGGUUCUUCUUUAUGCCAUGGUACUAGAUGUAUUUUGAGAGGAGUUGUGUGGUUCAGUCCUUCAGCCAUCUUGUGACUCUUUGUGACGUUGUGGACACUUCAUGCUCUUAUCCAUGAGGUUUUCUUGGCAGAGACUAGAGUGGAGAAUCCUUCUCCAGUGGAUUAAGGCAAGCAGAGGUUAAGUUACUUACCCAGAGCCACGCAGCUAGUAUAUAUCAAAUGCUGGAUUUGAAACCAGGUCUUCUUGGCUCUAGGUGCAGUGCUCCAUCCACUGAGCCAUCUAGCAGCCAUUGGGGAGGAGGGAGCAGGGUAAGCAAAUAAAGGGGAACUCAUGGGUGAAAUGUUAAGUAGAUUUAACAUGACUUUUUUCUGCAGAAGUCAAGUUGCCUUUCCCCUUGGUUCAUUUUGUUUAGUGAUCCAGUCUUUCAGUAAUGUCUGCCAGUUUGUCCAACAUGGAAGUGAGAUCACUGGCCUUCCUUGUAUUUUCUCUAGCAUCCUAAUGAACAGUUCAUAAUUUAGUUAUCCAAUACAAUGGCAGAAGUCAUCUGUAACAGUAUAUUCUGCAUUUUGGCCACCAAUUCUCAAGUUCAUUCUUGUUUUCAAAAUUCAUAAUGAUGCCACUAGAUCCCAGUGCUUCAUACCUUCAAACCAUGUUGGUUUUGCCAUGCUGAACUAUGGAAUCAAGCAUCUUCAACCUAUUCAUUUCAAAGAACAAUAGUAAUAGUAACUUUCCUUAUAAUCCCCCAAAAUUCAGUCUUUCAUCUAUACUCAAUGAUUCAAUAAGCAUUUAUCAUACCUGUACUGUGUACUGCUGUUUUAAUGUACCAUGAAAGCUGCUAAGGGAGAUAUAAAGGUAAGACAGUUUCUGCCCUUAAGGAGCUUAAAAUAUAAUAGAAGUGAUAAGAUGUAUAUUAGAUAUAAUGCAAAUUAGAAUAUAAUGAAUGAAUUUAGUGUGGAGAUGAGAAUCUUCCUAUAAUGGUACACUUUUUAAGCCCUAUAAUCCUUAAAGAAUCCCACUGAUUCUUUCGCUAGUUUCUUCCAUUGAUACAUUUAAACAAUUCCCUUUUUUAUUGGUUUUGGAGCUCUUGGAAAACUGGAAGAGGAAACUUCUCUAGACCACCUAGUUUUUUGAUUAUACCAACUUUGUAGGUGGUCCAUUUUAACACUGGCUCUUCCCUUUAAGAAAAAAAUGCCACUUUUUCUUGAAAUAACUCUGUAAUAGUUAAUUUUGACUGUUACAUUUUACUUAGACCUCCUAUAAAAUUUAUUAGGCAUAAGGUUCUGCUGCAUACACUAAAACAUGGAAAAUUUGUUCUUUUCUAUAAUUCUCAUGUUUUGGAUUACUUUGGGGUAAAAGUAAACUGGUUUCUUAUCAAAAUGUAGCCUAAAGAUCUGAACUUAAGUCCAUUAAAAAGCUUUCCUUUAAAGAUUGUUUUUGCUGUUUCAUCCAUCUUUCCUCAAAGGAUCAUAUAGUUUUCCCCAGAUGUUGGUGAUUUCAAAGAAAAACAACCCUGUCCAUCUCUUAAAAUCUUUUAAUUAAGAUUUUACUAUUUUCCUAUAAAAGACUUGGGGAGGCAAAAAUGCGGUACUUUAGAAAGAAAACUAAAACGAUAUGGCAACUUACUCCUUUGACUCUAGAGUAUUGGAUAUUAGUGUUAGGUUUUAAAGUAAUUACUUGAGUCUUGGUCAGGGUGUCCCAAAACAUUACCAUCUUUGUGUCAAUGCUUAAAGUAACUAUUUCUGUCUUCAGUCUACCAAAGACUUAGUAGAUGAGUUUUCUAAUUCUGAGAAAUUAGGGAAAUUAAUUGGGUCUUUGUUUUAACCUAGGAAAAAGAGAGCAAGGCUUUUUAUCAGUUGCCUCCAUAUAAAUUCCUCAAUGAUUUUAACUCUUGAGUUGGGAUCUAAGCUAGGGUGGAAGUAGUUAUCUGGGUCUAGGGCAAUUUGUUUUCCCAUUCUUGCUAUUCUUAAAGAGUUUAAUCUCAGGAGUCUGGGACUAUAAUAAUUGUACAUGAAAUGAUGAGGGAGUAUUGUAUGUCAACAUGAGCAUAACUUUUGCUGCUAAUCAUAAUUUUCUUUUGACCUAGUUCCAGAGGUCCUCAAACCUGUGCAAUAAGAAAGAUUAUUUAUUAUUAUUUUGAUGUGGUCUCCCAGAGAGGGAACUAUAAAUAAAGCUGUAAUUUGAUAUGAAGUGAUAGCCAACAUUAACAAACAACAGUUGGCUUUCUCUUUAGAAAGAUCAGUGCAACCAUAGCAAAGUUUAAAGUAAUUUAUAUUUAAUUUUAAUGUUAAUUUUUAAAUUCCUAAUUUUAUUUAAAAUGUCAACUGGAUAUAUGCAGUUCUCAACUCAAGCUGAAAUACGGUGUAAAAAACAGAAAUGCUGCCCUUAUCUAAUGGUUAUCAGGAAAAAAAACUUAUUUGGGCAGUACUAUGAUAUCUAUUUUAAUAAUAAAAGACUAUUUUCCACCAGUC